GAGCCCAGCGCCGCCGGGGCUGCGCCCUGCCCCGCCAGGGAGCGCGGCAUCUCCUUCGCGUGUGUCACCCUGUCCCGGGGCAUCUCCACGUCCUGGGAAGAUGCAUUCUUUUGGGAACGAAGAAGCGGACUCUCUGGAGCGUCUCUUCGGGUUUUUCUGUGAGUGCGUACGGCGUGGGCACUGGGAGCUUGCACAGGCCUGCGUGCCCCAGCUGAGCCAGUGGCACGGGGACGGCCCCGGGAAGGUGGAGGCAAUUCUUCGGGCUCUGGUAGCUUGUCCCGUGGGGGUAAGACGGGGACAGAAUUCUAGCCCAGGGAGAUCUGCAUGGCUUUGGCUUCUUGUGCUGGAAAAAUGGCUUGCCAGAAAUCAGGAAACUGUUCCCGUUGCUCUUCAGAGAGAAACUGAAUUUUUGUUGUUCCUGGAAGAAUUACAGAAAGAUGUCUCUGAGGAAGUCCUAAAGGAACUGUUUGAAGCAUUUGAGUGCACGCAGAACAAGCACAUCACAGACAGCCAAAGAAGAGAUGACUGUUCUCACAAAUUCAGUUUGGAUGUUGUUUCAGCUCUCCGGAAGCUUUUGCUGCGGGCUCCCCAGAGGGCAAAAGCCCUGCUGGAGUUCUUCCAGGGGGAACAAGGCCCACACAGCUCCUCACUCCUGCAAUAUCGCUCUCUACAAAACAUCUUUGUUGAGUUUCUUUGUGACUCCUUGAAAUCUCUGCAGAGGCUUCAGAGCAGUCCUGAGCUUUCGGCUGAACUAAAUCAAAGAGAACUAGUAGAUACAAUUUAUGCUGCUCUCAGUAUAGUGACUUUUGAGGUGGAGCAUCAAGCAGAUGAAAUGAAGCAGUUAUUCAGGGAGCUCUUGGAUGUAUGCUGGGCUGAGGGGAGCCCACUGAGGGAAGAGAAGCUACUAAACUGUAUGCUGAGGAAACAAAGCCAUGGCCUGCUAAGCCUCUAUAGCAGUGUUCUCACAGAAAGAACAAGAGAAAAGUUUUUGUUGUCAAAAGCAAUACAAAAAGGUUCAUCUGCAUCUGAGCAGCUGGAUACAGAGCGAACUGUGAUGAGUUUGUUCUCAGAUCCCAAAGAAGCUCCUUCGUGGAAGACAGCCUAUUUCUACUGCUUGAGCAGCAGCAAGCACUUUCUGGAACAGAUUCUGGUGACUGCAUUAGCUUUACUAAAAAGAGAAGACUACUUGGGCCUGAAGAGCUUGUUGAGGAGAGAAUUCAACCCCCUUAGUCGCCUCUUGGUGUUGUUAGGAUGGACUCAUUGCCAAAGCUUGGAGUCAGCAAAAGCUUUGCUAUGGAGUCUACACAAAACUCAGGAUCUGUGCAAUGAUUCAGUAUUGAAAGAUUUUUGUGAUGGGCUGUGGGCUCAUGUGGAAGUACUUGAAUGGUGCAUGCAGCAAAACAGUAUUACUGUCCCAAGGAAGGUUCUGUUGCAACACUUGCACAGUCUGGAUUGCCACACUGCAGUGUAUUCUCUGCAUCUGUUGAGUAUAUAUUUGCUUGGAGAGCUCUCAGUAAUGGAUCUUGCACAGUGGAUUCCAAGCACUGAUUCAACAUUGCAGGCAGCCCCACUCCCUAACACCCUGAGUCAGCAGCGUGACCUCGCACUCUUCCGAGCGUUCUGUGCCAUGAAGUAUGCAAUCUAUGCUCUGUGUGUGAAUUCACACAGGCAUGCCAAGUGCAAGGAUUGUGUACACAGCCUUCUUGGUGAUAUCCCUGAGGAUGCAGCUUUUGGAGAACCAGCAGAUUGCUCUUCAGUAUUUCCUCAGUACAUUGUGAAGUGUCAGCAGUUCUUAAGGAGUGUUCCCAUUCCUCUGCGCCUGGAGGUUUUGGAGAAUAUUUUCUCCUUGCUUUUUGUUUCCUAUAAUGACCUCUAUACUGAGACUCCUCUACCUGAGGACUAUGCAGAGGAUGAAGACCUUGACAAAAAGAGCACUACUCUGACUGUAGAAGGCAGUGCCAGUCGGCGAUCUUCCACCUCACAAAGUCCACAACACCUAACAGAGGCAGAAAAAAAAUCAGAGAAGCACUUGCUGGCUGCACAAACAGUUCACACAGAUACUCGAGAUCUUUGUGACUCCAUGUUAGAUGGCAAGAGCUGUGAAACGUCUAAGCCAACCCACCUGGAUCUGAAACACUUCACCAGUGGUGUUACUGGAUUUUUAGUGGAUGAUGUAGCCAUGGAGGCCUUCCUCACGUUGCUGCUCAACCACCUGGAAGAAAUUCAGAGUUCUCUCCCGUGGGACUCCAGUAAUGUGCUUCGUGAAGAGCUGGAGCUUGUUGAGUGCUUGAAUCUUUCUGCGAGCGGAGAUGCCUUUGGAAGUCGCGUGUUACAGUUUUCCAAGUACCUCUCUGAAGCUCACUGGCGAUACAAGGUGGUGAUGAGUAACAGAAAUGCAGAACAUCAGCUUGCAGCCUCCAGGAGACAUUGCUCUUUAAUCAGGCGCUCCAGCUUUAAGAAACGAAGUAGAUAUCGGAGGUACAAGUCAGAUGGGAAAGAGGGAACUUCCAGUCCAUCGUUGGAAAGCACAAGUAGCGAGCUAAGCACCAGUACUUCAGAGGGAAGUACCAGUAGUGUGUCUGGCUUGAGUGAUUUAGAAAGCAGGACAAGACCACAUCAGCAGAACUCCCUCAUUCCUAUGAUGCUUUCCCCCCCAGAAUCACUGUUAGUUUCUUGCGUUUUGAGAGGAAACUUUGUGGAAGCCCACCAGGUGGCUUUGAUGUUUAAUCUGGAGACUACCCCUUGCUAUGGUGAAUUGAUUUUCAUGGAGCGUUACCAAGAGGCAGUAGAAGAAAUGGCAAGAGUGGAACACAAUAUUGAGAAUCAAUCAUCAGAUGGCACUGGAGGCAUCAGGAAAUCUGGCAGUGGCCGUUCAACACUGCAAGCUAUUGGGAAUGCAGCAGCAGCUGGUAUGGUAUUUUAUUCCAUCUCGGAUGUUACUGAUAAAUUGCUUGCAACUUCUGGAAGUCUUGCCCCUACUCUUCAAGAAAACUUCUGGAUCAGGAACAUCCAGCUGGAGCAUACUGAUCCUCUGCGAGAAGUUCUUGAGGACCUCAGUCCUUCAGCAAUGGCAGCAUUUGACCUAGCUUGUACUCAGUGCCGUCUUUGGAAGACAUGCAAACAGCUUCUGGAGACAGCAGAAAGAAGACUCUACAGCAGCCUUGAAACUCGGGGCCACCGAACUGACUUGGUUUUACUGCACUCUGAUGGUGUAAAGGGUUUUCCAGCAGUUCUCCAGCAAAUAAGUAAAAUUCUCAACUAUUCCUGCACAUCACAAGGUCAAUCCAGACCAGAGGUUGCAGAUGAGAAAAUAGGGAGUCAUUUUCGAUGCAGUAUUGUAGACCUUCUGCAAGCUUGCUACCCUACCUUGACUGAAGAAAGUAUUACUAAUGAAAUAGUUUUAUCACAAAACCUGGAUCAUAUCCUGGAGGCACUGACUUGUGUUGAACGUUCUGUGGACUCUAAAGGGAGCCUGCUUAGCACCUUGGUGGAGCAGGGCUCUCUCAAGCCAAUGGAGCUGGAAAAGCACCUGGUUUGGAACCAAACACAGCUCCUGCUGAGAACUCUUGACCAGCAUACCCAAACCAUGCCAGAGAACAACAUGCAGACAAACUUUGUGAAGGCCUUCCUUGACUACAUUACUACACUGGCUGCUGUGGUGUUACGAAGCUUGAAUGCAGAGCUAGAUGUAUCUGCAGAAGUGAAAGUGGGAAACCCUUUCAUACUGUUACAGCAGAGUCCGUCUCAGCUGCUUUCCCAGCUUAUUUUUGAGAGACAAGUUCAUCCUGACAGGCUUUCUUCUCUCUUGGCUAAAGAAGAGUUGAACCUGAAUGUGCAGCAAGUCAUUGUUAACUCUUGCUGUGAACCACUGUCCUUGUGCAGUGCAAGGCAAAACAGCCAGGCAAAGUCUCUUCUGACAAACAUCAGCAACUUGACAUACCAGUGUGCCUACCACUGCCUGCCAGAUGUUGAAAUACCUAUUCACAAUUCUGCAGUGACCUCUGAGGAUAUCUCCACUCAAGCCUCAUCCUCUCUGAAUGACUUGAGCCAGCACACACUCACUGCCUCCUCCUUGGACUUCCUGAAGUCUCAGUCAAAGCUAAUGGCUACAGUGGCAUGUCUAAGUGCAUCUAAUAUACAUAAAAUUCACAAAUCAAGCUUGUCUUGGAUGGAAUUUCGGGGCAAACGGGAGGUGCCCUUAAGCUUGGAACAGAUUUCCAGGGAGUGUGAGGCGUUGUUGAAGGAGUUCCCAAUAUUGGAACGAUUUCUUCUUGCUAUGUUUGACCCGCUUCGGAAUCAAGAGGAAGGUAGCAGUUUGGCUGCUGUCUUGUCUGGCAAGGCAUACAUGUCUCUGGUUCUCCUAGGAUUACAUUCCACCACAGCUGUUAAAGUUUUAAUGGGAGUCUUUGAACAAGCUCUUGCGGCAAAGGAUUGGGACAGAGCUCUGAAGGUCUUGGAUCUGUACAGUCAGGAUGUGGAGGAAGUGGUCAGUGUAAAGGAUGCUGUGCUGAGUUGUGCAGCUGCUGAAGAUAAGGAUGGCUGGCAAUACUUGUUUCCAGUAAAAAAUGCAGUGUUGAGAAGUAGACUGGCCCUGCGCUGUCUGGACAAGUGGCCCCUUGAUGCCUGUUUGGAAAUUCUAGCUUACUGCGUUUCUGAUCUGGGCAUACCUCAUGAACUAAAAGCCAAUCUGCAGAGCAGGAAGAAAGAACUUCUGGUUUAUCAAAAGAUUUUGAAUGUGCAAAAUGAACCAUUGUGGAAUGACUGGCAGGAUCUGAAAAAAGCCUGCACUGAUGACCCCCAGGCUGUGAUGAGUAUCAUUCUUAAAGCAAAGGAUUAUGAAUUGUGUGAGGAGUGGGGACACUUGUAUCCUGUACCAAGAGAAGACUUGAUCAAUCUUCACCGUGAGCACCUUCUCCACUUACUGGAGAUGGGAGACAUGGAAAAGGCACUGCAGCUUUUACAAAGAAUCGAAGACCCUGGUGUUUGCCUUGCCAUCAGUGAACAGUCCCUUGACCAGCAUCCGAGCUUGGCAGCCUCUCACUUCUUGGCUGAUUACCUCACAGCUCACUUCUAUGCCAGCCUGACAACAGCACGCCGGAAUGAAAUCCAGGCACUCUAUGUAGGAUCAAAGGUGCUGCUGACUCUGCCUGAGCUCUCCCGUGUUAACUACUUCCACCUCUCCUCAAAGCCACUGCUUAUGUUGGAACAGCUCCUCAUGAAUAUGAAGGUGGACUGGGUAGCUGAAGCUGUGCAGACACUGCACCAGCUUUUAGCUGGGCAGGAAAUUGGUUUUAAUGUAGAAGACAUUGACAAUUUGCUUUCCAAGUAUGCAGAAAAAGCUCUCAACUUCCCUUUCACAUUAAAAGAAAAGAGAUCAGAUUCUCUGACACGUAUUCAAGAGAGUCUCAAUCAGGUGUUGGAGUGUGAAACAUUGUCUAAACCAGGAUCAUCAGAAUUAUCUCCUGUCAGCGUUACUGGUGUAACCAUAUCUGCAAGUCCCAGAGACAGAAGCCUGCAGCAGAACUUGUUUCCUCAAGAAUUUGUGCCUCCUGAGAAGCCACCACCAAAGCAAGAAUGGAUACCUGAUGACACUGAAACGAUAUGUAUGGUUUGCAAAACUGAGCGCUUCACUAUGUUUAACAGGCGCCAUCACUGCAGGCGCUGUGGCAGACUGGUGUGCAGCUCUUGCUCCACCAAGAAAAUGGAAAUAGAACCUUGCAGAGAAAAUCUGUCCCGUGUAUGUGAUCAAUGCUAUAGCUACUACAACAGAGAAAACAUGCCUGGCUUGGUGCAGGACACAAGCACCAGAAAAGAAGAUCAGGACCAAGUGGAAGAAACUUCUAAUAAUGAAUAUUCCACAGUGGUACAAAUACCCAAGGCAACUGAUCUUGAAUGGAUUUUUUCUCUGAAUGAAGAGGAGAAUGAAAUUGUACGCAGCGAAUUUUAUUAUGAACAGGCUCCCAGCUCUUCCUUGUGUAUUGCCAUUCUCAGCCUGCACAGUGACAGCAUAGUAUGUGGCCAUCAACUGAUAGAGCACUGCUGCAGGUUGUCCCAAGGGCUCACUAAUCCUGAGGUGGAUGCUGGACUCCUCAUGGACAUCAUGAAACAAUUGCUCUUCAGUGCUAAAAUGAUGUUUGUAAAAGCUGGAAGGAGCCAGGACCUAGCUCUCUGUGACAGCUACAUCAGCAAAGUGGAUGUGUUGAAUAUUUUGGUUGCUGCUGCCUACCGUCCAGUGCCAUCUUUGGAUCAGAUCCUUCUCCCAGCAGCAGUAACAAGACUGAGAAAUCAGCUUUUGGAAGCAGAGUACUAUCAACUAGCCAUAGAGGUUUCUACAAAAUCUGGAUUGGAUCCAGGUGGAGCAUGGCAUGCUUGGGGCAUGGCUUGCCUUAAAGCUGGAAAUUUAACUUCCGCAAGAGAGAAGUUUAACCGAUGCUUAAAGCCACCCAUGGAUCUAAACCAGCUGAACCAUGGUUCAAGGCUGGUCCAGGAUGUGAUCCAGUACCUGGAGUCCACAGUGAAGCCAGUACUCAUCACAGAUGAUGAUUACUUUGCCACAUUGAGGGAACUUGAAGCAACACUGAGAACAAGAAGUCUGUCGCUGGAGGUGAUGUGUGAGGGGAAGAUUCAACACAACAGCUAUUAUCAGGAGUGCUUGUUCUAUUUACAUAGUUAUGGCACUAAUCUGGCAAUAAUAAGCUUUUACAUGAGACAUGACUGUAUGAGAGAAGCACUGCUUCACUUGUUAAAUAAGGAAUCCCCAUCAGAAGUGUUUAUUGAAGGGAUCUUCAUUCCCAGUUAUGAAAGUGGAAAACUGCAUAUGUUGGAGAACUUGCUGGAAACCAUUGAUCCAGGAUUGGAAAGCUGGGGAGUCUACUUGAUUGCAGCCUGCAAAUACUUGCAAAGAAAGAACUAUUACCAUAUUCUGUAUGAAUUGCAACAGUUCAUGAAGGAUCACGUCCGUGCUGCAAUGACCUGCAUUAGAUUUUUCACUCAUGGAGCAAAGUCUUACACUGAGCUUGGAGGAAAACAGACAUGGCUUCUAAAGAUCAAAGACCAUCUCAAAGUCUAUCUGCAGGAGGUCUCAAGAAGUGCAGGAAGGAAAAAAAUGGCAUUCACUUUUCGGAAGAAAAUGUCUGCUACGGAUGUGUCGAGGCACAUCAAUACAGUUGAUCUGCAGAUGGAAGUAACAAAGUUCCUGCAUCAGUGUGAGAGCACAGGAGCCUCUCAAAUGACAGAUUCCUCCUUGCCCACACUCUUUGGAAAUAAUAACAUGAAAAUGGAUGUUGCUUGCAAGGUCAUAUUGGAAGGCAAAAACAUUGAGGAGGGGUUUGGGAUUGCAUUUAGAGUUCUCCAGGACUUCCAGCUGGAGGCUACAGAAGUUUACAGCAAAGUGGCCAAGCAGCUGGUGAAGCAGCAGAAAUACAGCGAGAUCCAGCAGCUCCUGAAGUGUGUCAAUGAGUCUGGAGUGGCAGCAAAAAAUGAUGGGGAUAACAUUAUCCUAAACUGCCUAAAUGAGUUCAAAAACAUUCCUGCUGAGGAUCUCGAUAAUCUGAUUCAAGAUAUGGACAGUGAUGAAAAUAAGAUCCAGGCCUACAUGAUGUGCAACAAGCUGCGCUCCGCGUACCUGGUGUCGGUGCGGCAGGAGAAGGCGCGGGCCGUGCAGCUCGUCCAGCGCGUGCGGCAGCUGGCCGAGAGCAGCGGCGACGAUGUCGUCAAGGCCAUCUGUGCCCAGUGGCUCUCAGUGCACCAGCCCAAGGUGAGAAAUCGGCUUCCCCAGGGCACCAGGAUGUAAUGUGUGACUGCCAUUUGCCAUCGUACUGAAGGAGAAGGCUUCAAGACAGCUCAAAGGUGUCUGGUUCAGCAGCCUCUAGGUAAAAUGGAACUCUGUUGACUGAUGUCGGUGGCAAAUGGAUGCUGCUAAUGUGCCUCUGGUGAAGGGAAGUAAAUUACAAGUGCCAGUUCUGUAUUUUGACAAACAGUCACUACCUCAGGGUGCUUUUUGGCUCUCUUUUUGAUGGGGGGAGAGGGGCAAUUUCAAACUGAACAAGCAAGGAUUUAGAUAUAUGGAAGAGAGCACUUCUGUUUCUGGCUUUAGUUUUUGGGUUUCGUUGGUUUUUAAUUUUUGGGGGGUCGGUAUUUUUUGAAAAGCACUGGACUUAAUGAUAUGUGUUUUAUUUUUAAUCCAGAAAACAUAUGUAGAGAGGACAGAAAAAUUUUAUCAACUCAGUGUAGCCUAGCGUAUGAAAUUUUUGUGAUGUUUCCUGUAAAAUUUUCAAGGUUGGAGAGUUCUUCUGAUACAAAGACUAAAACUCAAGAGAUUUUUUUAAAGCCUCUAGAGAAAUCAUUGCUACUUCUUUUUUAUCUCCCCCACUAGUACAAUAUACCCAGGUUUUUUUAGUUUGUUUGAAAAGGUAGGAACUGAUUCUUUAUGGCAGAUUUAUACUUACCAGUCACACUGUGUGAUGUGUGCCAUAGGUGUGGCACUUGGGCUAGUGCCAGCAAGAUGAAGUUCUAAAGGGAACAUCCUGUAAGGGGAGUUCAAAGGGAAAACAAGCCUUUAAAAUAGUUGAAAAAUCAUGUGCCUCUUUCUUUACUAUGGUGAUACCCAAUAAAUCAUUGUGAUGCAGCUUUAUGACUGAAUAGUUGACAGUAAACAUCAGGUAUCGCAAACAAUAAGGAUAUAGCAAGCUGUGGCAAAAUUAAACAGGUGGUCUGUAUCCCUGUCACAGAGAUGCAUUUAUUUAUUUAUUACCAGGAUAAUUUGUCCCUGUCAAGUAUAAUAGAACACCAAACUGGACAUGCCCUGUAUUGACAGGUUUUGCUCUGGAAUUGUUAGGUUAAUCAAUUUUAUGAAAAAAACCAGCAACCUUUGUGUAAUGUCUUGUGUUCAGGGAUGCUGAAAAAAAAUAGCUGCUUCUCUGCAACUAGCAGUGGGACAUGAGAAACUGGCAGAAAUGUGUGAGACAGUAGCAGGACCUUCAAAAAAAGAAAAAAAAAGAUGUUCCACAAGAGUUUCUGUUUGCUGUUUACAUGUAUUUCAGCACAAGAAGUAGGGAAACUAAUUCACUUUC